AUGGCUUUAACCAAGCCUAAAAGACCUCUCCUCUCCCUUCAAUCUAGCCUAGCCACAACUCUUUGCUUUGUGAUUGUUUUCACAAUCCCUGCUCUGCUUCUACUCCACACCCCUACCAAUUCCAUUUGCACCAAUUUAUCAACCCAAAAGUCAUGGUCAGGUGAUCUUCGAUUCGCCGAAUUUGCUUGGAAUCGUCUAAGGUUUGAAAAUGAUAUUCCACCACCAGUCUCGCUGAAGAUUGCUGUUUUUACUAGAAAAUGGCCUACGAGUUCCGUUCCCGGCGGCAUGGAGCGCCAUGCACACACCUUGCACACCACUCUAGCACAGCGCGGACACGAAGUUCAUGUCUUUACUUCUCCACCAAACGACGAGCCGAAGCAAAAUGUCGGUAUACAAUCGCGAGCUAGUCCACCUUUGGCGCCAUUGAUUCAUUGGCACGAGGGCGAACCGGGGAAAUGGCGAUACAACAAAGCAUGGGAGCAAUACGAAGAAGAAGAGAACAACAAUGAUCGCAACAGACCGUUUGACGUGAUUCACUCAGAAAGCGUCGCGCUUCCUUUCCACGUCGCCAGGCGUGUCUCAAACCUAGCCGUGUCGUGGCAUGGCAUAGCCCUCGAAAGCGUGCAAUCUAGCAUAUAUCAAGAUCUGACCAGACAGCCAAACGAGCCGAUUUCUCCUGCCUUCAACGAUAGCCUGCAAGGGAUGAUCCCAAAAGUCAUAAAUGAGAUCAGAUUCUUUCACGAUUAUGCUCAUCAUGUCGCGAUAAGUGAUAGCUGCGGCGAGAUGUUAAGGGAUGUAUACCAAAUUCCAAGCAGACGAGUACAUGUUAUUGUCAAUGGAGUCAAUGAGGAUGAUUACCAACAAGAUCUCCAACUAGGUAAUGCUUUUAAGUCCAAAAUUGGGGUGCCAAAGAAUGCAAGUUUAGUUCUUGGCAUCGCAGGGAGGCUAGUAAAGGACAAAGGGCAUCCAUUACUGUAUGAGGCUUUUUCCAGACUCAAGCAAAAACACAAAGAUGUCUACUUGGUGGUUGUAGGUUCAGGACCAUGGCUGCAAAGAUAUAGAGAUUUAGGGCCUCAAGUAAUUGCUUUGGGGUCAAUGGAUCCUUCAGAAUUACGCGCUUUUUAUAACUCUAUCGACAUUUUCGUCAACCCAACGCUUCGGCCUCAGGGGCUUGAUCUCACCCUCAUGGAGGCCAUGAUGAGUGGAAAGCCAGUGAUGGCGUCAAGGUUUCCUAGCAUCAAGGGCACAAUUGUUGUAAACGACGAAUUCGGGUUCAUGUUUGCACCUAACACAGAAUCAUUGUUGGAGGCACUGGAGCUGGUGGUGGCAGAGGGCUCAAAAAGAUUAGCACAAAGAGGAAAAGCUUGCCAGGAAUAUGCAUCUACAAUGUUUACUGCACGAAAAAUGGCAUUAGCAUAUGAGAGACUGUUUUUGUGUAUUAAGAAUGAAACGUUUUGUAUCUACAACUAA